AUGUCCUCGGACGGGCACCUAGAGGAGAAACGCUCCCGGCCAUCGACCGCCGCGACCACGGCGGCGGCCCCAGAGAAGGAGAAGGGCGACGAGAGCCCGAGCCCUACGCCCGCUCCUGCACCGGAGAAGAAGGGUUUCUUUGGCCGCAAGAAAAAGCAGCCUGUGGUCGAGGAGGAAAAGCCGGACGCCAUCGCGAUCGCGGCUGGUAAGGCGGACAAGGUCCCGCCAGUAGGCUUCACCCAGCUUUUCCGCUUCUCUACCAAGUUUGAGCUUAUGCUCGACGCAAUCGGUAUCGUGGCCGCUAUCGCAGCUGGCGCGGCUCAGCCCCUUAUGUCCCUUCUCUUCGGCAACUUGACGAACCAGUUCGUCCAAUUCGGUGCCGCCGUCAAUCAACUUCAGGGGGACCCGACAAACACCACGCUUCAACAGUCGGUUGAAACUGCAGCUUCUCACUUCCGUCACGAGUCAGCCAAUGAUGCGCUGUAUCUGGUCUGCAUCGGUAUCGGCAUGUUCGUUUGCACCUACGUCUACAUGCUUACUUGGGUCUACACUGCGGAGGUCACGGCGAAGCGCAUUCGCGAGCGUUAUCUCCAGGCUACUCUUCGCCAGAACAUCGCGUACUUCGACAAGGUCGGCGCCGGAGAGGUUGCUACUCGCAUUCAGACGGAUACGCACUUGAUUCAGCAGGGUAUCUCUGAAAAGGUUGCCCUCGUCGCCAAUUUCCUUGCUGCUUUCGUCACCGGUUUCGUCCUGGCCUACAUCCGUAACGCACGUCUCGCCGGUGCUCUCACGUGUAUCCUGCCCUGCAUUGGCAUCACCGGCGCUAUCAUGAACAAGAGGGUCUCUACCUACAUGCAGCAGUCUUUGGCGCACGUUGCCGACGGUGGUUCCUUCGCAGAGGAGGUAAUCUCGACGGUCCGCACUGCCCAGGCGUUUGGCACGCAGAGGACGCUCGGCAAGCUGUACGACAUUUCCGUCGCCAAGGCUUUCACUGUCGAUAACAAGGCUGCUAUGUGGCACGGUGGAGGUCUUGCCGUGUUUUUCUUCGUAAUCUACUCGGCCUACGCUCUGGCUUUCGAUUACGGUACCACUCUCAUCAACCAGGGCCGCGCCAACGCUGGCGAGGUUAUCAACGUCUUCCUCGCCAUCCUCAUCGGUUCGUUCUCUUUGGCGCUCAUGGCUCCCGAGAUGCAGGCCAUCACGCACGGUCGUGGUGCCGCCGCCAAGCUCUACGCUACUAUCGACCGCGUUCCUGAGAUCGACUCAUUUAGCGAGGAAGGUCUCAAGCCCGACUCUGUCGUUGGCGAGAUCGAGCUCUGUGGCGUCGACUUCGCGUAUCCCGCGCGUCCAGAUGUUCAGAUCGUCAAGGAUCUUAACCUGAAGUUCACCGCAGGCAAGACUGCCGCCCUCGUUGGUGCUUCCGGUUCCGGCAAGUCCACGGUCAUCUCCUUGGUAGAGCGCUUCUACGACCCUCUUGGUGGCUCCGUGAAGCUCGAUGGUCGCGACCUCCGCGAAUUGAACGUACGCUGGCUUCGCGGACAGAUCGGCCUCGUCUCCCAGGAGCCGACGCUUUUCGCUACUACCAUUGGUGGUAACAUUAUGCACGGUCUCAUCAACACGCCCUAUGAGAACGCCACUGUGGACGAGAAGAUGAAGCUCGUCAAGGAGGCGGCCAUCAAGGCGAACGCGGAUGGUUUCAUUUCCAAGCUCCCUCUGGGUUAUGACACUAUGGUCGGCGAGCGCGGUUUCCUCUUGUCCGGUGGUCAGAAGCAGCGCAUCGCCAUCGCUCGCGCCAUCGUGUCGGACCCGCGCAUCUUGCUCCUCGACGAGGCCACCUCCGCUCUCGAUACGCAGUCCGAGGGUGUCGUCCAGCAUGCGCUCGACAAGGCUGCCGCCGGACGUACUACGAUUACCAUUGCCCACCGCCUCUCGACCAUUAAGGACGCCGACUGCAUCUACGUCAUGGGCGGUGGUGUCGUUCUCGAGGCCGGUCGUCACGAAGAGCUCCUACGCAACGAGGAAGGUCCGUACGCGCGUCUCGUCCAGGCUCAGCGCCUGCGCGAGGUCAAGGAGGCAGAGGCUGUUGAGGUUGGCGAGGACGAGAGCUCCGUGGAGGCCGAAGCCGUCGACGGCGAGAAGGACUACGAGAAGGCCGCUCAGGACGAGAUCCCGCUUGGACGCCAAAACAGCAAGCAGUCGCUCGCGUCGGAAAUCAUCAAGCAACGUCAAGCUGCUGGCUCCCGCUCGGAGAAGAACUACAGCCUUUACUACCUCUUCAAGCGCAUGGGCAAGAUCAACUCCCAUCGCUGGAGGCAAUACCUCCUCGGCGCGUUCUUCGCCAUUUGUACUGGUGCGGUCUACCCGGCGUUCGGUAUUGUCUUCUCUCAGGCCAUCAACGCGUUCGGUCUCACCGACCCGAAUGAGCGUCGCCACCAGGGUGACCUCAACUCGCUCUGGUUCUUCAUCAUCUCGAUCAUUUCGGCCUUCACGAUUGGCUUCCAGAACUACUUCUUCGCCUCUUCCGCUGCGUCGCUCACGGAGCGCCUCCGCUCGCUCUCCUUCAGGGCUGUCCUCCGCCAGGACAUCGAGUACUUCGAUCGCGACGAGAACAACACCGGUGCACUUGUGUCCAACCUUUCUGAUGGCCCGCAGAAGGUCAACGGUCUCGCUGGUGUCACGCUCGGUGCCAUCGUCCAGUCCAUCUCCACGCUCAUCCUCGGUGUUAUACUCGGUCUCAUCUUCAUCUGGAAGAUCGGUCUCGUCGGUCUUGCGUGCAUCCCGCUCCUCAUGUCUACCGGCUACAUCCGUCUGCGCGUCGUUGUCCUCAAGGACCAGCACAACAAGAAGGCCCACGAGGAGAGUGCACAGCUCGCUUGCGAGGCAGCCGGUGCCAUUCGUACGGUCGCGUCGCUCACGCGUGAGCAGGACUGCCUUCGUCUGUACUCCGAGUCACUCGAGGCCCCGCUCAAGGAGAGCAACCGCACGGGUAUCUGGUCGAACGCGCUCUACGCUUUGUCGCAGUCGUUCACGUUCUUCGUCAUCGCCUUGGUCUUCUGGUACGGUGCUCGCCUCGUCUCUUUCGGCGAGUUCACUAGCCGUGACUUCUUCGUUGGUCUCAUGUCCACUGUCUUCGGUGCUAUCCAGGCCGGCAACGUCUUCUCGUUCGUCCCCGACAUGUCGUCCGCGCAGGGCGCCGCUUCGGACAUCGUCCGCCUCAUGGACAUCGUGCCUGAGGUUGACGCUGAGAGCACGGAGGGCAAGGUCCCGCAAAACGUUCAGGGCCACAUCCGCGUUGAGGAUGUCCACUUCCGUUACCCGACUCGCCCUGGUGUUCGUGUCCUCCGCGGUCUCAACCUUGACAUCCGCCCCGGCACCUACGUCGCUCUUGUUGGCGCUUCCGGUUGCGGGAAGUCGACGGUGAUUCAGCUCGUCGAGCGGUUCUACGACCCGCUUCACGGACAAGUGACGCUCGACGGUCAGGCCAUCAAUGAGUUCAACGUCCAGGAGUACCGCAAGAACAUCGCACUCGUCUCGCAAGAGCCCACGCUCUAUUCCGGCACCAUCCGCUUCAACAUCCUGCUCGGCGCGGCGAAGCCGCAAGAGGAUGUUACCCAGGAGGAGAUCGUACAGGCCUGCCGCAAUGCGAACAUCCUUGAGUUCAUUGAGAGCCUGCCCCAGGGCUUCGAUACCGAGGUUGGCGGUAAGGGCUCGCAGCUCUCCGGUGGUCAGAAGCAACGUAUCGCCAUUGCUCGCGCACUCCUCCGCAACCCUAAGGUGUUGUUGCUCGACGAGGCGACGUCCGCGCUCGACUCCAACUCGGAGAAGGUUGUGCAGACUGCGCUCGACCAGGCCGCCAAGGGACGUACGACCAUCGCCAUCGCUCACCGUUUGUCGACGAUUCAGAACGCAGACUGCAUUUACUUCAUCAAGGAGGGCCAGGUCGCGGAACAGGGCACGCACGACGAGCUCAUCAGCCGCAAGGGCGACUACUACGAGUACGUGCAGCUUCAAGCACUCUCGAAGGCCACAUAG